AUGAACUCGACGGCACAGAAAGUAGGAAUAUUUCUGAAAAAGAACUCUCAAAAUACCAACGCAUCACCCACAUUAGUAGCUAACCGCAUGAAAGGCAAAACGCGCAAGAAGGCGGAUCGGGCUUUUGUGUUUGAUAACUACCCGAGCCGUAUGAUCGCGCUCCGACUAGCCUACCACGGCCACGUGCAUGACGGCCUCGCGAAGCAGGAGGAGACGGCUAACACCGUCGAGGGCAUCGUUUGCGAGGCCCUGAAGCGCCUUCGGCUGAUCCCCGAGAGUGGGCCGGAGAAGUUCGGGCGAUGCGGACGCACCGACAAGGGUGUCAGCGCCCUUGGGAACGUCUUUUCGUUGAAGGCGCGGGCGAGCUCGUGGCCGGAUGACCCCGUGCAAAAGCCACCACUGGAUUACGGCCACAUGCUGAACAACAGCCUCCCGCCGACGAUCCGUAUCGUGGGGUUUUCCUACGUUCUCGAUGACUUCGACGCGCGUUUUUCUUGCAUUAGCCGAACCUAUCGCUAUUACUUCGCGCAUGGUGGGCUGAACCUCGACGCGAUGGCGCGCGCCGCGGGCUACUUUCUCGGUACGCACAACUUUCGGAACUUCUGCAAGGUCGACGUCGUAAAUGUGAGCAAUUUCGAGCGCCACGUCAGCUCGGUCGGGAUCUACCGCAGCGAGUACCUGCCGGAGGUGAUCUCUUUCUUUGAGAUCACGGCGAACUCCUUUCUGUAUCAUCAAAUCCGUUGUACGAUGGAGGUUCUUUUUCUUGUCGGCCGCGGGCUGGAGUCCCCUGAGGUGGUUCGGCAGCUCCUGGAGCGUGGCGAUGAGAAGCCCGUUUACCCCUUGGCGGACGCCACCCCACUCAUUCUCUGGGAUUGCGGGUUUAAAGACCUGCGGUGGCAGUUUUCGCAUCGCGCGUUCCAGCUCGUGGAGCACGAGCUGCAGGAUAUCUGUACCGCGUUGCUCAUCCGAGCCACCACCGCGGAUGCGAUGCGGCGGCAGCUCUUCACCUGGUAUCACGGCCUCGAGGAUUGCACGGAGGCAAGCGCCCAACCGCGGCUGACUGUUCGCAAGCCCUGCAGCGCCGUGGAUGAAGCUCCAAUGGACGCGUGGAGUAUAACGGGAUGCGACUGGACCGAGCCGCACACACACGAAAAUCUCAAGGCUCGGAAGUCCGAUUUAUACCGCCUGAUGUUGUGCGAGGAUGAGUUAUAUAACCGACAGCAGCAGCAAAGAGUCUCAUCGGAGCCCCUUCACACUGAUCGAGGAACUGCGAGUGGGGAAAUGGCUGCCUGCGGUCCUCAAUGGAUUUCUACUCCUCUACUGAACUAUGUGCCGCUCCUGGAACGUGAGACUGUGCGUACGUACGAGGAGCAGGUGGGUAUGCUUACUGGGAAGAAGAGAGCCCGGUACGAACUCAAUGAGGCGAAGAAAGCAGUGGGUAGCAAGCGUAAUGCCGAAAAAAGACAAACCUUAGAGGAGGAACCUUAG